AUGCCGAAAGGUGGGCGAAGAAGUACACAGAAGAAAGGACAGAAAGGUGAGCUAUCUGUUUUGAUUUAAAGCUGUAAAUAGGUGGAUAUAUUUUGAGUGAAGGCCAUGUUAUAUUAUUUCGUGUUUAUGUUUAUAUUGUUAUAUGUGGUCAUAGCUAGAGUAAAAAUUUUUGAACGUGCGUGUCGUGUCUGUUUGCACGAUUUCGUGUCUUCAGAAAACGAACUCGUCAAAACACACGUGAAUACAAAAUAAUCAUUACUUGAUCAUAAAUUUACAAUAUUUUUGCCAAAACUGAAUAUUUGACAGAAGUCACAGAACUAUUAUUAUCUUUCUUUAUAUUUAGUCAGAAUAUAAUCUUGAACAUGCAGUCUGUGCCAGUGUAGGUAGUGCCAAUAUUAUAAAUAGGAAGCUUCAACUUGAUAGGGAUGCAACUAUCUGAAAAUACAAGGAGAACUUCGACAGUUCAAGCGAAGGCCCUUUGUCGGGAAGUUAGUAGCAGGCCUUCAUAGGAAGAUAGUACCGCUACUAACGUCCCCACAAAGGGUCUUCAUCAACCCUCGAAAUUCGCCUCGGCACUCGGCAAUUGCCGACGCAAAUGCCGAGGCAAGUUACGAUUUUUCAUAGUUUGCCUCGGCAAAAAAAUGCCGAGGCAAUUCCACCCGCUGUUCCUUAACUUACAAACUACAGUUUCUGUUCGUUUUUUUCUUCUUAAAUAUACAAACUACAGUGUUAGUUUUUUGUAUCACUUCUUUGUUCGAAUUGUUGUCAUCGACGUUGGGUGGACAACAGAAGAUUUCAUUCAUAGCUACUUUACAAAAUAUUUAAAUUUGAGCUUUUCAUGCAGCGUCGGCUUCGGUUGAAAUAAAGAACAAUCUUGAUGGUUUAAAGACGGUACGUCGAGAAACUUUGUUUUAUCUUUUAGACUGUCGCGUGAUUUUACCGUCAAGUUUAUUCUUUCAUACAAUUGGUUGUAAAUUACCACUAACUUUUUAAAAACAUUUUGAAUCGGGAAUUUGUAAAAUAACAACAAAUUGUCGAACGUCAGAAGUCUCAGAAUCUACGCUCGUUACAAUAUUUGUUUACAAUAAUUUCCGUAUGUACUUUACUUUAAUUACAACUGCCGACGUGAAUGCCGAAGGGUGCCGAAGUAAUUGCCGAAGGAAUUUAAGGUGAUUUCAUUGCGUGCCUCGGCAAAAAAAAUUGCCGAGGCAAACUCGAAAAAUUAUCGAAAGGCUUCGGCAAUUAUUUGCCGAGGCAAAAAUAGUUGAAUUUCGAGGGUUGCUUCAUUAAUACCAACGUUUCAAAUGAAUGCCCUUCGUUGGGAAGAUAGUACCACAGGCUACUAACAUCCCCACAAAGGAUCUUCAUUAGUACCAACGUUUCAAAUGAAGGCCAUUUGUCGGGAAAUUAGUAGCAGGGCUUCGUUAGGAAGAUAGUACCGCUACUAACGUCCCCACAAAGGGUCUUCAUUAAUACCAAUGUUUCAAGUGAAGGCCCUUUGUCGGGAAGUUAGUAGCGAGCCUUUGUUGGGAAGAUAGUACUGCUACUAACUUUCUGACAAACAACUUCUAUUUGCCAAGUAGUAGCAACCCUCGAAAUUUGCCUCCGCACUCAGCAAUUGCCGACGCAAAUGCCGAGGUAAGUUUUUCAUAGUUUGCUUCGGCAAAAGAAUGCCGAGGCAAUUCCACCCGUUGUACCUUAAAUUACAAACUACAGCGUCUGUUCGUGUUUUUUUUUUUGCUUAAAUUUACAAACUACAGUGUUUGUUUUCUGUAUCACUUCUUUGUUCGAAUUGUUGUCAUCGACGUGGGGUGAACAACUGAAGAUUUCAUUCAUAGCUACUUUACAAAAUAUUUAAAUUUGAGCUUUUCAGCGUCGGCUUCGGCUGAAAUAAAGAACAAUCUUGAUGGUUUAACGAGAAACUUUGUUUUAUCUUUUAGACUGCCGUGUGAUUACUGUCAGGUUUAUUCUUUCAUACAAUUUGUUGUUAAUUACCACUAUCUUUUUAAAAACAUUUUGAAUCAGGAAUUUGUAAAAUAACAAAUUGUCAACCGUCAGAAUCUACGCUCGUUAUAGUACUUGUUUACAAUAAUUUCCGUAUGUACUUUACUUUAAUUACAACUGCCGACGUGAAUGCUGAAGGGUGCCGAAGUAAUUGCCGAAGGAAUUUAAGAUGAUGUCAUUGCGUGCCUUGGCAAACUCGGAAAUUAUCGAAAGACUUCGGCAAUUAUUUGCCGAGGCAAAAAUAGUUGAAUUUCGAGGGUUGAGUAGUUGCAUCCCUAUCAAUCCGAAGCAUUCUUUUUAAAUAGUCUGGAUACCUACAUCACUGUAAGUGUUUUAGUUUAGUGACUACCGUAUUUUAAUACUUGUUUAAUUAAUAAGCACCAUCCCCCAAUUAAUUGAUCAUGUUGCCCAACUAAGCAUCUCAUAUGAGAGCAAAAAUUUUUAAAGAUUAACCCAUUGAGCCGCAAUGUGCCCCAGUGCGCCCUACUUUUUUUUACUUGUCUAACGCCAGACGAUUUUAAUCAUCAAUGGGGAAGCUCUGCUGCUUAAUGGGUUAAUUAACCAAAAAAUGGGUUAAUUAACCAAUGUCUCUAGUUAACCCAUUGAGUCGCAAUGUGCCCCAGUGCGCCCUACUUAUUUUUUUUUACUUGUCUUAUUAUAUGAUUCCACCCCAUUCCGUAAUUUUUUUUGAAAAAUUUGAUUCACAAAAAAAUAAAAUUUUCGAUUCGCAAAUGCCAAAACUCGGCUCAGAAAUUGCGAUUUGCGACCUGCUAAUUCGAACCCUGUUGUUACUAACAUCUCAUGUUAUUGUUUACAAAGAUCACCACUCUCGAAUAAGUGCUGCCCUCAAUAUUAGUCCCACAGCAUUUAAAUGAGUAAAUAUGGUAUAUCGAACAGUCUGUGCCCAUGUAUGUAGCGACAAUAACAGUUGCGGAUUGAAAGAAUACAACUACUUGAAAAAUACAGGCAGAACUUCAACGUUUUAGACGAAGGCCCUUCAUUUACUAACUUCCUGACGAAAGGCCUUCACUUGAAAUGUUGAAGUUCUGCUUGUGCUGUCCAAAUAUGGUAUAUGUAUAUUUAGGGUAUAUGUUUAUAUGUUAGUUGUUAGCAACUUGACUUUUGUCUUGUGGUUGUUUUGAUUAUCCUGGUAUCCGGGGUCUGCUUGUUAGUGAGUGUUUAGGCCCUGUAAAAAAUAUCCCCGGUUUAUCAUCAGUAGCAGUAAUAAGAUCCAUGUAGGUGGAUUUAAAAAAAAUAUCCCGAAUCAUAUUUAGUACUGAAUAUGUUCAAAUAACACAGCACAAUUGUGUGGAAUAACAUUUUUGAAAGCUAUUAAUUUGCACUUUUCACCUUCCGCCAAGAAUUCCAGCCAUGAAACAAGUAUUAGACAUGCUUAUAGAAAAUCGGAACGGUAUAAAUGAUAACAGUCAAUUGCAAAAGUGGUUGACAGAAUACAAGUUAUUGAUUACUGCUUGGGUUAAUUUAACUCACUGGGUUAACUACACCAUAAUCAUUCAUUGUCAAGAAAAGUUGGGUUGUUGCAAGUUUUUUGAUGAAAGACAAAACAGCAAUUUUUAUUUCAUAAAAAUAUUUAAAAAUUCCAUGCGGCACGAAAAACAGAUGUGGGCGCUGAUGAUAGACCGAGAUAUUUUUACAUGGCCUUAUACAGAGUUCAAACUAGCUGCCAGUGAUAGCCAGCAGUUUCAGAAUCUUGCUAGAAAUUUUUAAUUUCAAAAAGUAUGACUCAAGUUUAAAUUUCAGUGAAAUUGAUUUCAGUGAAAUUGGUUUUUAUUUCUGUGUAAUUAUAAUAAUUAAAUCAUAAGUGUGUAUUACAAAUUUGCUAUCAAAACAUUCAGGAAUUAAUGCAACACAUGGGUUUAAGUCCAGGGAAAAGCAACUUUGCUCCUGAGCUUGGAAGACAGCUGGCAAGAAUUUAAACCUACACUAAAAUUAGCCACUUUUUAAACAUCAUUUCGAACCCUGUUUACAGUGAAAAUUUUCUCCUAACUGCUAAGAUUUUGCCUGUUUCGAAUGAGAUCUUGAUAACCGUAUUUUGAACUGGUCGUACUUAAGAGCGCUUUCAAACAUAUUGCCCUUCCUGUGCUUCCCUCACUUUUCCUGCCUGCAACUGAAUGCCAGCUAUAUGCAGGCUAGACCAUCCCUAGAAAAUUUGGAGGGAUGGUGGAAGUUCAAAUCUCGACACACGAGAAUUUGUUGAUGUUCAACUGUCUUAAGUGGUUAGCCCCCUCCGAAAUAUGCAGACUAUUCAAUUUCUGUCGUAGUGUACAUUCUCUGAAUACUAGUUCUUCCAACGUUAAUUUAGAAACAGAUAAGUCUAAAUAAACUCUUCUAUAGUGCAGCUAUGCUCUUUGAUUCCUGACCCAUGUUGUAGUGCAAUUUGCGUGUGUUGCAAAUACUCAGUAAGUUGUAAUUGUUACUGUGUGUCGAUGUAAUAUUUGUAUUAGUGUAAUGUAUUAAAUGUUUUAUUGUAAAUAUAUUUAAUAACCUUCUUUAAGGGCCAUUGGGAAGAAUACUGUUACCAGUAACAAUGUUGAAGUUUACCUUUCUUAAAUGAAGUUCAAUAAUUUGUACUCCUGUCAUCGAGGCCAAGCGCGUCUCCCUUGCUAAGGCCUCCAGUGAGAAAAACCUGCAGAUCCUCAAGCCUGCCAGGAAAAUGAUUCAGUAAACUGUCAGACGCUGUGCUAAAGAGUACUAGACACAAAUUAGUGAAGACAUCUGACAUCCAGUCAGAUGCUAUUACAGGCAAUAUCGUAGGAAUGUAUGACGGCAUCAAGAAAGCAUUUUGGCCAGUCCAAAGCAAGACAGCUUCCCCCAAGUCCUCCACAGCUCCACUGGAGAGACAGUCACUGACAAAGUACAGUAGAUGGGUGCAGCACUACUCUGGCCUCUACUCCAGACAGAACGUCAUGUCCCCUUUAUCCCGUGACACUAUUGAGUACCUGCCAACUAUGGACAAACUAAACGCUGAGCCAACUCUAGAGGAGCUCAGCAAGAUCCCUCCAGACCUAACCAAGCACUGCAAGAUCACUCUCUGCUUCCACUACCUGAGGUCCAGUGUAAGUGCUGGCAAGAAGGAGCUGUACCACAGUAUAUGAGAGACGCCAAGAUCAUCAACCUCUACAAUGACAAGGGUGAGAGAAGCCACUGUAACAACGACGGAGCUUUGUCUUAAACCCCUGCAGAAGCUGGCCAAACGCAUCUAACCAGAAUCACAGAUAUGCUUCCGAACAGAGAGGUAGACAUGGUCUUCUCCCUCCGGCAACUUGAGGAGAAAUGCGGGGAACAGCAGAUGCCUGCGUACGUUGUUUUCAUCGACCCGACGAAGGUGUUCAAUCUGGCGUCCACAACAAUUUGAAGGGGAUAGCCGUGCAGUUUAAUGAUGGCAGCUCCCCCGAUUUUCAUUUGCACUGGAAAAAAAAUGUGAAAUCCAUACUACGAAAUUUGCAAUUGCACCACUAAUAUCCAUAGUCUAUCCAUCCUAUUUCCAUACUACUAUAUCCAUACUAUGGAACUAUACAAUUAUUAUGGAUAAGCAAAAUCCAUUCUAUUUCCAAUAAAGGUCCAUACAAUUUCCAUUCUAUGACCUUCUAUGGAUUUUCAUUUUUUUUUCCAGUGUUGAGCAAAGGAAUAUUGCUUAGCCUUAGGUCUGUCCGUACCGGAAAAGAUUUUCCCUUGAUAAUUAAACAGUAUAAUUAUUAUAAAAUAAAUUAUACUUGUGUUUCAACCUCGUGUUUGCUGAAUGGUUUUUAAGUGUGAUCUUUUCAUGCGUCAUUGCAGGAAAACGAGUUGAAGAAGGAGUGAGUGAGAGCUUUGAAAAUCAAAGUGUUGCUUCAAGUCAGGGUUCAUUUGAGACACAAAGUAACCCUGCUGAUGAUGCAGAAAGCACUGAUGGUAUGUAUUGAAUGAUAUAUACAUAUAGAUUACUUAAUCGUAGCGAGUGCGUAAAAUGUUCAUUUGCGCGUUACAUAUGGAGAAUCGUUUUAUUUGUUUAGAGAUCAAGUAAUCAGGGGCGUAAAUGCGGUGGCGGGGGGGUUAGAGUGGUGUGACACCCCCCUACAAAAUUGCUGUUUUCGAACAUUGGGGGGGGGGGUCACACCCCUCUAACCCCCCAAAUACUCAAUAAUUUGUAGGUUAACAUGUUGAGUAAGAACAAAAAAUCUAGAAGACAAGUAUGAGCGAUUUAAAAAAAUUGCUAAUCUAAUAUACGCCAUUUACUGACCAUCACAAUUUUGUAAAAUUCUCCCGCAAAGGGCAUGAAAUCACAGAAAUGGCACUUCAGAGACUCUAAAUUUCAAAAUUUUCUUGGAGACCAUGCCCCAUAUACCCCCUAGGGUUCUCACGCUUUUGGCACUGAAAAGAUGUGCCGUUGCAUGCCCUGCAGGCCUGAGAACGAGGAUGGUGCAUCCGACGCUACCCCAGAGGACCCUCAUCAACUUUUUAAAUUCCUCCCAGCAUCUUUAUGUUACUUUCUGAUAAUAUAGCAAAUAAUAUAAUUAAAAAUUGUACAGUAAAUUCGCUUGUUCCAUCAUAUUUAACUAAAGUAUUCUGAGUAUUUUCUCGUGAGCUCACAAAUCAGUUAAAUUAAUACACGCUAACAGUAGAAGUCAGUCCACUGAAUGCAUGGUCAAGCAGAUUUUUUUAGAGUGGUGCUGGACUUCCCUAGGGGGAUGCUAGUCACCACUAGGUGGGGUGCACACCCCCUGCACUCCCGCAGUAGAUCUGCCGCUGACCAGGUCAUCAAAACGCCAACACUAUAAUUCUCCACAUUGGAGAAAAAUCAUCUAACGAAUCAAAACGCUGAGACAGUAAUUUCCCCUAAUUUCAACAGACGCGAAAAUUGUGGGAUGAGAUGAGAUGGUCGUGGGAUGAGAUUUUUAUUUCAUAGAGAAUAAUACAUGGGUGCGCGGAAAUACCAGAUUUAUUUUCAGUGUUGAACAUGAUAUCUCACGAGUGAGCGCAGCGAACAAGUGAGAUAUCAUGUUCAACACGAGAAAAACAAUAAAACGUCCGUGGCAAUGCGUUUUACAACAAAUGAUAUUUUCACACGUAAAAAUAUCGUAUUUUUUACGUGUGUUUAAAUACGAUUUUUCUCAGUGGCCAAAAACUCUAUAUAACACUCAUGUUUAUAUAAUAAACUUAUUUAUUGCACAGAAAUUUCCAUACUUACAUAUUGACAAUGGUUUCCGUACAAGAUAUUAAGAUUUAUAUGUUUUCUUGUUCAGAAUUAGGUAUGGAGGCAGAAGAGGUGGAAACAAACUUUGAACAAGUGUUAGAAGAGAACAUUGAAGGCGCCAGUGAAAAGAAGUAAUUAAGAUUCCUUUUUUAGUGAAUUUUCAUUUUAAUUCUGUAAAGCUUGAAGUCCUAAUGCGACCUUCUUUAACGCCGAACGACUUUUUAAGGGGAAAUGCUAGCGCUAAAUGGGUUAAUAUUGCUGUUUAUUAUAUAGUAGAGAGUGAGAUACUGAAAAAUACACAGUGCAUGAGAUAUUUUCCAUAUCUUCACUAGUGAAGAUAUCGAUCACGUGACUUUUUCCAAUUUGCUUUUGAGCGUGAAAUUUCACAAUUUUUUGCUUGGGACUAUAUAAUAAACAGAACAUUACACGGUGGCUUGAAGAUAUGACUUUUAUCUUCUCGUGUUAAAAACAAUAUUUUACUUACUCUCUGCCGCACCCGUUCGUAAAAUAUUGUUUUCAUGCGCCACUCCAAGAUAAAAGUCAUAUCUUCGCGCCGCCGUGUAAUAUCCUCAAUAUCUCAUUCUUACGCUUUAUCUUACUCUUUCUGACGGCAAACUUCAAUACCCUUAUACAGGUUGUAUAAAAAAGUGCACAGUUUACACAUGCAUGCUUGGGUAGUGUGGGGUCUGCUAGUAUCUUUACCACUAAAAUUAUUUUGAAAAGUAAAUUUUCGGGUGCAGGAGGGUUGUUAAAAAAAAACUUUAGAAAUGGCUUGCGCACAAAAAUGGAAGGUUUACUGUAAAACGCAAUUUAAAUUCAUAUAGGUUGCAAAUUUAAAAGGUAUUUUAUGAACUAUCAAAGUAUCAUUCUUGUCUCCCUGUUUUUCUCAAAUUUUGAGUUUCAAGAUAGAUCUUUGAUUUGCAACAGAUUUUGGGUUAACACUGAUAGUAUAAAACUUUAUGUGAUUAAAUGACAAGCUUUACUGUAUGGUAGUAUAAGUUUUGUUUCGUAUUGUAUAUAUUUUUGUGUUUAACGUUGUAACUUUAAAACAAAACUUUCUACUUAGUGCAAAACUACGUCAGACCUCUAUGAAAGCCAUCAGUGGAACGUUUGCCAAACACCUCAUUGCCGAUCUUGUUGCAGAAAGGUACAGAUACUGUUUUCUGAGAAUACUAAUUGAGUGUUUCUAUCAUGAGUGAUAUCUUGACACUUUUAGUUUUUUACAAAAAAAAUAUUGUUAAGUUUUGAUGGACAGUAUUAGUAUCACAAUUCCAUAUUUACUUCCAUAUUUGUAUAGGUAAAUUCUGAGUUUUGAAGGAUUUGUAAGAACUGUUUGAGGGAACUGACUCAGUAUUAAACAUGAACCAGUUCCCUCAAACAUUUCCUACGAUUCCUUCAAAACUUUGCUUAGAGAAAGUUGUUUAGUAUUUAUUUAGUAAUUAUUACCAGUUGUUAUCAUCUUUUAUGAAGGUGUUCUGUGCAGUAACCGUUGUUCCCUGUGUAUCCCAUCAAUUUGCUUCUGACUAAUCUGUAUCUCAUCUAAGCUUAAUUCAGCCCACAGGAGAUAUAUUUGUGAUUUUAUCAGCAAGUAUAAAAAAUAUAGAGAAUGGCUGCCUAGAAGGUUGUUGUGUAAAGCAUUGACUCCAUGUAAAUCUUUAUUUUCGUUUUAUUUACAGAAAAGAUACAAUUGUCGACAUCAUAGAGCGGUCUUUGAAAAGAGGUUUGUGCCAUUCGCGAUUUUUGGUCUUAGCAUAAAUAUUAUGAAGAAAAGAAAAGGUUUUUCUCGAAAUUACUUUCAAGUAUUUCUGUAUAUACAGUCGAACCUAGGCUUAUGAAGCGGUCACCUUCGGGGAUUUCGCAAGUGACCGCUUACAGUCGAUUUCACGAAACUUUGACCACAAAUGUUCCGAACUUCGUUGCGAAGUUCGCAAGUUCGUUGCGAAAUUCGGAAGUUCAUAUUGGAAUUCACAAGCCAAUUUGUAAACAAUUAAAGUCCCUGAUUGGUCACCGAAGUAAGAGAAGCCAAUCAAAUGCGUAGUUUACAAACUGGUUUGUGAAUCUCAUUAUGAACUUUUGAACUUCGCAAGUACUUAACCUAUUCGGAGUCAUCCUUCGAUUCAGAGAAAAGUUAGAAAACAAAGUGGCGAGGUAUGCAGAUAUCUCUUUCACUCCACUCGAAGAUCAGCACGUCCACAGAUUUCUAUGGAGGAACAUGGAGACAAACAGACCAUUCAAUUGCAACGAAUUUGCGAACUUCGCAACGAAGUUCGGAACAUUUGUGGUCAAAGUUUCGUGAAAUCGACUGUAAUGCUACCCUGAGAGCCGAGCCUGAUUUCCCCUCGCGUAGAACUGUAAUACAGGUCUUGUAGAAAAUCACCACACGGCUUAAAUUGCUUCAUACGUCCACACAAACUGAAUAUACUCUUGACACUUUCAGUGAUUAUGGAAGUUCGAGUAAUGAGAUAAACAAAACUUAAAGACUUUGACAUGUUGCCGAAUAAAGAUUUAAUUAUAUAUUGUAUCAUGUUUGCCGUAUAGUUACUUUGCAGUUUGCACUGACCAUUUAAUACAGUUUCAAACAAUGAAAAAUUAAGUUUGGGACCGUGGAAAAGGUGACCGCGUCCGCUUAAUAGAUGUGAUCGUUCAAUAAAGGUCACUUAAACAGUAUUUAUAUUAUGAAAUUUUCGGGAUUAUGCCACAAGAGCGCUUAAGAAAGGGUGACCGCUUAAUACGGUGCCGCUUAAUGCAGGUUCGACUGUAUAGUUUGUAUAGCUGCAUGAUUUAUUCACUGACUCCUUCAUGUAAUUGUCCCUAAUUGAAAUUAGGCCAGACAGAAGACCAAGUGUGCGCUGGUCCUUUGGCAGUAUUGUUAUGUGUCCAGUUGGGAUAUGGCUCGGAUAGUGAACGUAUUUUUAAAUUGCUAAAGUCACCUCUAUUGGCCACGUUACAUGACCCGACUGCAAGAGUUCCAGCUAGAGCUAGU